UAUACCUCACGCGUUCUUUUAAAAGCAGACGUCAUCUCAGGGUAAGAAUCACAGCUCUCCAGAAUUUCGACUGACUUUUGUUACAAAUCCAGCUGUAUUUCCAAACUUGUUAAUUUUCUUUAAAGAAGUAUUAUUUUGAAUUAUGUCUGACUUUACAGGAAGAUCUGCAGCUAUAAGUUCUCAGGUUCUAUCCACGUUGUUCGAUCGGGCAGUCUCAGAAGAUCCAAACAUUGUCUUAGAGUCGGAAUUUAUAAGCGAUCUUGCCAAUACUCAGGAGACAUACCAGAACCACACAGGAUUAAACAAUACAAUUGAUAACCGGGAGAAUCCUAGGAAGAACCGCUUGUCAUUGAAUAAAAAAAGAACUGACUCUGAAGCUAUCAGAUCAUCACAGCUGGUGAAUACGGCUCUGACACCAUCCGGUUCUGUUCAGACAGGAGUACACAGCAUAACCCGUGAUGAAGACGUAAUUCUCAUCUCGUCUGAAUCGGAAGACGAACCUGUGGCAGACCUGCCUUCAGGGCAGAGAUUUGAUUUCAUCUCCGUCACGCCUCCUCCCACACCACGGCAGGCUGCCAGGGCAAGGCCAGACAUCGAACAGAGAGCAGAACCUGAACCUGAACCAGAACCUGAAGCGGAUCCGGAACUAGAACCUGAAGCGGAACCGGAACCAGAUCCUGAAGCGGAACCAGAAGCGCUACCUGAGAGGCCUACUAAUUCUCUCCAGCCAUGUAAGUUUAAUUAUUUGUUUUAGAUAAUAAAGAUAUAUACCUUUAAUGCUUCUCUUGUCUGAUUCCAAUGCAAGUCCCAAUUUUCAAACUGUUAUUUUAAGUUAAAAGAAAGAUAUAUAUCCGUAACGUAAACUCUAAUAAAGUUUCUCUUUAUAACACCUUAA